AUGCAGGAGAAUGAGGUAUUAAGAGCUACGGGUCACAGUUCCCAGCAGGAGGAAAAUGAGCAAAGUGUGUCAGCCCAAAAGGACAAAUCACUACAGCAGCAGGGUGAAGAUGAAACUAAAACAGCAGAUACACCUGAGUGGGAGGCAGAAAAGACCACUGACACUAGGAAUGAGAGAUAUCUAAAUGGGACUGACACAUCUCUCUCUCUGGAAGACUUACUUCAGUUGCUUUCAUCACAGCCUGAAAAUUCAGUGGAGGGCAUCUCCCUGGGAGAUAUUCCUCUUCUCCCAGGAAGUAUCAAUGAUGGCAUGAAUUCUUCAGCAUACUACAAUGUGAAUUUUAGCCAGGCUAUAAGUCAUGAUGUCAAUCUCCAUGAGGCCAUGUUGCUAUAUCCAGACAAUACAUUUAGAAGAGACGCAGUAGGAAGGACUUCACAGCCACAGGAACCAUUUCUGCAGUUAAAUUCUCACACCACCAAUCCUGCACAGACCCUUCCUGGAACUAAUUUGACAGGAUUUCUUCCACCUGUUGACCAUCAGAUAAGGAAUCUAACAAGCCACGACCUUCUAUAUGACCUUGAUAUAAAUAUAUUUGAUGAGAUAAAUUCAAUGUCUUUGGCGACGGAAGGUUUUGAUUCCAUGGAGGUUUCUCACCUUUUUGGAGAACCCGAUUCUGAUUCUGGGCUUUCCUUAAAUUCAAGCCAUAAUAGCACCUCUGUCACCAAUCCUAAUUCCCGUGUGUGUGACAGUGCUAGAGGUUCUAGUAGUGACCUUGAAUCUCUUUCCCACCAUGCUUUAGAAGGGGCUGUAGGUGGCUACUACCCAGAGCCCAGUAAGAUUCGUCACAUUGAUCUUAGUAGUGAUUCUACUUUCCACGGGGACCUUGCAUUUCAACAUAUAUUCCAUAACCACACUUACCACUUACAGUCAAGUGUACCAGAAUCCACUUCUGAGUCUUUUUCAUGGCCUGGGAAGUCACAGAAAAUAAAAAGUAGGUACCUGAAUGACACAGACAGAAACUUAAGCCGUGAUGAACGCCGUGCUAAAGCUCUGCACAUCCCUUUUUCUGUAGAUGAAAUUGUCCACAUGCCUGUUGAUUCUUUCAAUAGUAUGCUAAGCAGGUACUACCUGACAGAUUUACAAGUGUCACUCAUCCGUGAUAUUAGACGAAGAGGGAAAAAUAAAGUUGCCGCUCAGAACUGUCGAAAGCGCAAACUGGACAUAAUUUUGAAUCUAGAAGAUGAUGUAUGUAACUUGCAAGCGAAGAAGGAAACCCUCAAGAGCGAGCGAGCCCAGUGUAACAAAGCCAUUAAUAUCAUGAAACAGAAACUGCACGACCUUUAUCAUGAUAUUCUUAGCAGGUUAAGAGAUGAUGAAGGUCGGCCCGUCAAUCCAAACCAAUAUGCUCUUCAAUGCAGCCAUGACGGAAGUGUUUUGAUUGUACCCAAGGAACUGGUGACCUCAGGCUACAAAAAGGAAACUCAAAAGGGAAAGAGAAAAAGUGAGAGAAAUUGAAAAUAGACUGAUUCCAUUAAUAUGUAUAAAGUAGUAAUAAUGCUAUAUGGAUCACAAACCACUGAAACUGCUUCAAGGUUUGCUCAAGCAUCUUUUUAAGCACUGUUACUUGAAUCACUUAAGGCUACAUUUUGAAGCUUAUAUGGACAAGUUUAGGACUUCAAGAGCAGACGUGGGAAAUCUGGGGAAAGCCUCUUCUCCCCAUGAAGUCCUCCUAUGUUAUAUGCACAAUUCAUAAAUAUGUACAGAGAAAGGUGACAAAAACUUGAUAGGACUAUCUACUCACUUUGGUAGCCAUUUUCUAGUAAGAUGGUCACUUUAAACGUAACACUGGGUGUAAUUAUUUUAAAAUGUAUUUUAGUUUUUAACUUGAAGUGCAAAGUAGCCUUAACAUUCUCAUUUAGUUAGCACUGAAGUAUAGUGAACUUUUCAAAAGCUAUUUUAUUAAUACUUAAAUUAUAACUUUUUCUCUGUGGAAAUGAAUUUUAUACUUGAAUUUAUUUAAAAAGUUAACUUUUCCCUUAUAUACAGAAAUUCUAAGCAAAUUUACCUUGGCUAUUAUUUCCUCCAAAAUACCCAUUCAGGAAUACAGGUAAAUAUCUAGCAAAAUAGGGCAGCAUAUUAAGACUCAAUCCAAGUUGAACUCAACAUAGUCUGUUAAACUAGUAAGGGAAAUCCCCACUUGGACUUAACAAUACUAUGUGAAAUAAAGACUAUAAAUGGCCAAAUUAUAAACCAUGGUGUCAAAAAAAAUGCAUUAGGCCUUAAUGGCUGAGAACAAAGACCUCUACAGUCACAGGUUUGAGAGAUAGAGCACGGCUACCAGUGUAUAGCUCGUCACUGCCAGGCAAGUAAGGCAGCCUGUAGGCAUGACCUCACAUCCGUAACAUUGAUGUCUCACCACAAAACUCACAUAGAUUCAUGUGAAAACAUUAGAGGCCAUACAUGAACACAAACCAAACAGGGGAAGAGUCGAUGAGCAUAGACUACAACCAAAGAACUGGAAAUACUGAAACCACAUGAAACAGGACAGUAAAAUAAACAAGUGGAUGGACUUGAACGUAAAAGCCACUAAUCCUAGAAAUAAUGGAAUUGAAAUGCAAGUUAACAUGAACACUUAAUGUUUGAUUUCAAAAUAAGGUUGUCAGAUAUGAGAUUUGCCUAACAAUGUAAAAAUCAAAAGUCAAAGUAUUAUCUUGGUUUGCAAAAAUGCAGUUUUAUAAGAGUGGAUUUUUUAUAAUAAACUUUUCUCCACUUUUAAUUGGGCCUAACCAUUUCUUUCAAACCCUAGAUUUUGCCACAAUAAUGCUCCUAGAUACAUCACUCUUCAGUUUUGUACAAUCACAUUAAAUGUUGAUAGGCUGGCUCUGCAAAGGAGUACUCUCUAGAUGUCUGUUCUUUAAACCACAGCUUUAGGGCACUUUAUGACAAAUGAUUUAAAGUCUACAAAUGUAAGAUUCUACAGUACUGAUUUACGUGAAGACUUCAAAACUGUUAAUCCUAUUACUCAAAUUUUGUCUGUCAGGCUCCCCAAAUCCCUGGAACUACCAAGACCACAAUAAAAUAUAGGUGAACAUCAAAUUGGCAAAAAAAAA